GUUAUGACCCAAAAUAUACCCUCUAUACUGAAUCACCCGAUACUCAAGCGUCCUCUACCCCCAUUUCCAUUUUUGCUUAAUUUAAUGUUUGCAAGCACACGUGGAACUACAAAAUCUUUUAGCGGUAAUUGCGGUUUGUUAUAUUCACAAUCAAUUCUAAUUUGAAUGAUAAAAUUUUCUCUUUUAGAUUACGAAAAAUGAAUAUUUUUAGACUUGCGGGCGAUUCAGCCCAUUUAUUGGCUAUUUUAAUUUUAUUAUGGAAAAUUUGGAAAACAAAAUCUUGUGCAGGAAUUUCUGGACGUUCACAAGUUCUUUUCUUUGUUGUCUUCGUUUCGCGUUAUUUGGAUCUUUUUACAAAUUUUGUUUCAAUCUACAAUACUGCUAUGAAGAUUUUCUUUGUCGCUUCGUCAGUGGCUACUAUUUAUCUCAUGUUUUUCAGAUUUAGAGCUACCUAUGAUCGAAACCACGACACUUUUCGAAUUGAAAUUUUAUUGGUUCCAAGCGUGGUACUUGCUUUGCUGAUUAACCACGAAUUUACGCUUUUUGAGGUUCUUUGGACUUUCAGUAUUUAUUUGGAGGCUGUGGCUAUAAUGCCCCAACUUUUUAUGCUUUCAAAGACAGGAUCAGCUGAAACAAUUACUGCACAUUAUCUUUUUGCUUUGGGUAGAAAAUUCUUUAAAAAUUCAAAAAAAAUUUUUUCAGGAAGUUAUCGAGGCCUUUAUAUUCUCAAUUGGGUGUACAGAUAUUAUAUGGAGAAUCAUUUGGACGUAAUCGCUUUGGUUGCUGGAGUGGCCCAGACCGUUCUUUAUGCCGACUUUUUCUAUCUUUAUGUGACUAGAGUUGUUCAACAAGAGUAUGUUUUUUUUAUUUUUAAUAGAGUUCGAACCUGGGCAGGAUAUUUUAAUAAAUCCGGUUUUACGUGGUUCCCAAGUUUAGGCGUUUAG